AGUAUUGAUCUGCUGAGCUUUCGGGCACAACAUCCUUCGAGGUUGAUAAGUUUUCUCGCGUUUGCCACCGUCGGGCGGAAAGGAAGUGUCGAAAUAGAUUUGGUCCCAUCGGUUUUUUCUUUCAGUUCUGGUUUUUUGGUGAAGCAAACAAAAUCUUUCUCCUUCUGUGUAUAGGUGCGUACAGGAGUGUGUUGGUGUUAUCAGCAGUGUAUGCGCGUGUGUGUGUGUAUGUUCGUACGCGCUUAACCAGAGCGAGUGAGUGAAAAUAGUACCGUGGAAAAGCUGAAAAGGGAGAAAAAAAUAUCCUAUAUCAGUGCAGUGGAAAUGAUUUGUUGAUUUUGUGUUCCGCCUCAUUUUCCGUCUUUUGCCAAUGUUCGAAUGCAUUCCGGGAGAUUGCAUUUUACAUCCAUGUGAGAAAAUCGAUAAAGCAUUCAAACCGACGAGCUGAUACGGUGGCACAUGCAAAUCCCUUAACCAAGAAUGCAACAAAGGACGACCACGCCAGCUGCUGGUCCACCGACCGCUUCAUCCUCAGGAAAGCAAGUGGUAGAGCUCAAUGGGUACGUGAUAAUUCUGGUCGAAAGUCGGGAUGGCAAAAUCAAACUUUACGGCAGCCCGGCCGACAAGGACAACCUGGAGGUGGCGGACGAGAUAUUGGACGUUAACGAGCGCAAGCUGGAAGAUUCGCCCCGAGCGGAGGUUAUCAAGCACAUACACGAGUGCAUCCAGUCGUGCAUGAUAAAGCUGCGCGUCAAAAGGCGAAGUGAUUCUCGUUUAGCGGGUGAGCUGGGAAAUGCCGUACAGGAUGCGUUUGUCAUCGCGGUCGAGCAGCAGGCCCGGGAGCGCCUCCAACGAUUGUCCGCGCUCAAGCGGAUUACACCGGUCGACAUGUCACAGCUUUCGAUCAAACUCAAUCAGCAAAGUCAAGCGAAAGGUGGCGCAACACAAGAUUUAAGCUUCCUGAAGGAAGCUUCCCCAAUCUACGUGACGUCCCUUUCAAGUAACAGUGUUACGGGUACCAACACCAGCACGACGGUGACGGCAGGUGUGAAGACUACUUUUACCGCUGGGGCCAACAACAACUUCAACAACAAUACCAUCAACAACAAUAGCAGCAGUACGGGCGGUGUGCAGACGCAGCAGAAUGCAACCAACAACAACAGCAACAACGGCACGAACCUCGUCAGCACUACCAACACUACCGGCAGUAUCGCUAGGCAGCAACCGGGCAUGCUGGUGAACGUCAGCACGGACGGUUCCGGUAGUGCCGGUGGAUACGCGAACGUACGACAAUCGCUCGGCCCAACGGGGACAUCCACCGGUGGAGCGUUCAAGGGACCACAGCCUUCGAUCGCACCCGAUGGUCCGCAAAUGGUGGGCCCGGGCCCGAACAACAAUAACACUCUAGCACUUAGUGCGGCCACCGCGUCCGGGUCCGCUUACCACCUGCACCAUAGUCUUGUAAAUAACAACAACCUCACCAGCAAUAUUGGCAAGCCGCAGGGGCUUGACGCAACCGCCAACAGUUACUAUAGUAAUCUAACUAACACCUUCCUAGCGAACGGUCAUGGUUCCAAGCGAGAGCUGGCUACAUUAUCCGAGGGCGAACUCGAACCGCAGGACGAACCAGAGUACGAGUCGAGUGGUAACAUAUCGCGCGGUGGUACCGAAGUUCUGCUGGGAGAUCAAAAUCUUCGCCAGGAAAAUCGGCCUCGCAGACGCAGUGGCUCCAGCAUCGUGGUGCUGGGCGGUGAUGACACCCUGAAGCCCUCCAUACCUAUUGAUGACUAUCAGGAGGACUUGGAAAUGUACAAUAUGUUAGCGGCAAACCAGGACAAUGGACCACACCGGGAAAUGGCUGUCGAUGUACCUGAAUCGUUCAUAGCCAGAAACAAAACGCCUCCGCGCUAUCCACCGCCACGCAGUACGACGGCGGUCACGGCUUCCGUAACACCUGCCACGCCCGCGUCCGCCCAGGUAAAUCACGUUUCCAACGCAAUGCCUCAGGUUGCGAAACACCACCACCAACAACAGCAUCAUCAACAGCAACAUCAUCACCACCACCACCAUCAUCAUUCUCCACCUUCCCUGGGGCACCAUCACCCGGCGAACGGUGGCGUGUCUCUCGAGCUGGAACCGCUCGAUUCGUACAGUGAUCGGCAGCUGUCCUCGCUGGACAGCAGCCAGGAGUACGUGAAGAAGGGCGGUUCCAGCAAGGGACCAUCGUCGCUCGGUUCGGUAACGAGCGAGUUCGAACCGUCCCUCAACAAUGGGUACGGUCCGCUACGAAAGCACACCACCAAUGCCGGUGGUGAUCUGCGCGACUCGCUCAGCACCAACCGCAGCACGUCGCCAUCGUCGUCGGGUGAUCUCGGACCGCCCGAGUACGAUGUCGGGCCGCACCGGGAGCUGCCCGUCGACGUGCCGGACAGUUUUGUCGAGAUCGUUAAGGGGCCACCGCGCUACCCGCCGCCCAAGCCCCUGAUCAUUAAAGACGCUAUCAGAAAGAAAGAAUCAUGCUCAUCCAGCGAAUCCAUUGAUAAGCCCAUACCGCAAUCACAGUCGCCGGCGCGAAACGAGCUUAAUGGUUCGACGAAACCGGUGCCACCGCCCCGGGAUCAUCUGCGGAUAGAGAAGGACGGCCGGCUCACUAAUCGCGCACCAGUACCAGCUCCACAAGUGCCAGAUCGUAAGAUUGUGCCGAUCGCAUCACAGCACCAGCAUAUCGGCCAGGUCCUGGAACCGACUCCGGAUCAGUUAGAUAGCAUUAAGAAGUUCCAGGAGCAACUACGACGGCGAAGAGAGGACGAGGAACGGAUAGCAGCACAGAAUGACUUCCUGCGCAAUAGUCUGCGUGGUUCGCAGCGGCUUCGUGCCCUGCAGGACAAUCCGAUCGAAAAACCACCGGUCGGUGUUGAUAAUGAAGCGUACGCAGAUGACGAAGUGGUGGAGAAGAUUAUCGGGUAUAGUGAGCUAGUGGCGGCAUUGCAGCGACUGCAGGGACACCUGAACAAGCACGGUCUGGCGGCACUCGCUGGCAGAGUGACGGCAGCACAAAGUCUACUGCUUGGUCCCGGCAUUGCCCGUGCACUGGCCGUCCGGACGGCUGUCCUGGAACGGAGGCGUCCCAAGGUACCCAACCCGAUCUGCCCAAAUGCUCAAGCGUUAGCUAAGGAUUGCGUCGAAUCCCUGGCACAAUCCGGCUCGCCAACCGCAAUAGAACUGUGUGAUCUACUGUCCACGUACGAGAUGGAGGGUUUACUGCUGGCACACGACAGAAUCGCAUCGACCACGGAUCGUUCGCCGAUUGCCUCGUACGGUGGUAGCCCGGUUACCGUCGCAUUGCCAUCGCUCAGCAACAACAACAUCAACAAUAACACCUUGACCAGUGCGGUGAAACCGGCCACUGUCAUGCCAUCAAUUCCAAAUAACGCUAGUUUAGUGAACAAUAACAAUAACAAUAUCGCUAAGAGGGAACCAAUGAGUGUGCCUCUCGGUGUGCUGCGUGACGGUAGCCAGGAUCACAUCAAAAUCAUCCAGAUUGAAAAGUCGUCCGAACCGCUUGGUGCCACUAUACGCAACGAGGGCGAAGCGGUCGUGAUUGGACGUGUGGUGCGUGGCGGUGCCGCCGAAAAGUCUGGUCUCCUGCACGAAGGCGAUGAAAUUCUUGAGGUGAACGGUAUCGAAAUGCGUGGCAAAUCGGUAAACGAUGUGUGCGCUUUGCUCGGUUCGAUGACCGGUACGCUUACGUUCCUGGUAGUGCCGGCCGGUGUGCCCCAGAUCCUGCCCGGACUGGGGAUGCGCGAUCCACCGGUACUGCACGUACGGGCCCACUUCGAUUACGAUCCCGAGGAUGAUCUGUACAUACCGUGCCGGGAGUUGGGCAUUAGCUUCCAGAAAGGUGACGUACUGCACGUGAUUUCCCGUGACGAUCCCAACUGGUGGCAGGCGUACCGGGAAGGUGAAGAAGAUCAAACGCUUGCCGGGUUGAUACCGAGCCAAUCGUUCCAGCAUCAGCGCGAAUCGAUGAAGCUUGCCAUCGCCGGUGAGGUGGGUUUGCGGACGCGCAAAGAUAUCAACGGUAAGGCGGGCGGUGGUUCAACGCUACUGUGCGCACGCAAGGGUCGCAAGAAGAAGAAGAAGGCAAGCAGUGAACAUGGCUACCCAUUGUACGCGACGGCAACAGCCGACGAUCCUGAUCCGGAGGAGAUUCUAACGUACGAGGAGGUGGCACUGUACUAUCCAAGAGCCUCCCAUAAGCGACCGAUCGUGUUAAUCGGACCACCGAACAUUGGGCGGCAUGAGCUGCGGCAACGGCUAAUGGCGGAUUCGGAGCGAUUUGCUGCUGCUAUUCCUCAUACGUCACGAGCACAGCGGGAAGGAGAGGUACCGGGACAGGACUACCAUUUCAUCUCGCGACAACAGUUCGAAUCGGACAUUUUGGCCCGUAAGUUCGUCGAGCAUGGUGAAUAUGAGAAGGCUUAUUAUGGAACAUCCCUCGAAGCUAUCCGAGCCGUGGUUGCCAGUGGCAAAAUAUGUGUGCUAAAUCUGCACCCCCAGAGCUUGAAGUUACUUCGUUCGUCCGAUCUGAAACCGUACACCGUACUAGUGGCACCACCAAGUUUGGAAAAGUUGCGCCAAAAGCGGAUACGAACUGGAGAACCUUACAAGGAAGAAGAAUUAAAAGAGAUCAUAGCGACUGCACGCGACAUGGAAGCCCGCUGGGGUCAUCUGUUCGACAUGAUCAUCAUCAAUAACGAUACCGAGCGGGCUUAUCAUCAGCUGCUGGCAGAAAUCAAUUCACUGGAGCGGGAACCACAGUGGGUUCCGAGCAGUUGGCUGCACAACUAGUAACGUCCCGGUAUCUGGACUACGUCUUUAGCUAGCUGGGCUAGCUGGCUGAUGUUACGAGCAAGAACUUGUCCGUAAAGAACAACACUAGCGGACGGUGUGAAGUAUUCUAAGCUAGAGAAGCACGCCGGAAAACGUUGAAAGUAUUCGAAAUUUAAGCAAAACGUUGAACAAAAGUGGAACAGACAUCAUAGGCCACCAUAUGUCGGUGUAGCCGGAGCGAAACACACCUAGAUCUAGAGAUGUGACCUAUAACCACCCCCAACCCAGAAAAGAAAAAAACACUCAAUAGAUUCUUAUACAUAAUGCAUAUAGAUACAUAUACAUGUAUGGAUAAUACUAUACUUUAUCGAACUUGUUACGUUAUUUUUUCACUGUGCGCUCGUAAAUGCACAUAAAAGCAUACACUUACACAGGCACACAUAAACGGUUCAUAUGCGAAGUUUUAAGCCCUUCGUUGGGACAAAAAUACCCCGUUAACAAUGUAGUACUACUUUUCAUACUUUUGUUUUACUGUUUACCUAGGAACCAAUUGUGUACGUGUACGUGGCAAAUCGGAACAGGUCGGGGAAGUGAAAAAAAAACAUAGAAUCUACAAUUGACCAGCAGCGUGGGGUUUUUUUUUGUGCGUGGUGGUUUGUUAUACUUUAGUGAUCUUUACUUAUUUUUUCCUGCUUGGGACAGUAUUUCCCCCGAUCUUUCGUGGGUAAUAUGGCUGCCCUCCCCCUUUUUAAUAGUAGUAAUGUACGUUUUGUUUUAGAAUAAUGAAUGUUUUAUUUAUCUAGAGUUUUAUGUGGCAGUAGGUUAUGCGUGCGGAGGAAGAUGAUCGAGCGCGAAAUGUGUAUGCGUAUGUGUAUGUGGCAGAUAUUGUGGUAGUCUUAUGCGUUUAACGGAAGCGAUAGGAUAUGUGCAGCAGGAAUGCAUUAAGAGCACGAGGAAACCCGAGUACACAAUAAAAAAGCAAUUUCUAAAUGUCGUAACAAUACUAUCAGCGUAGUAGUGUGGUGGGAAAUUGGGAAUUAGAAAAAAACGGCCCCCCUUUUCCGAUAUAGUAGAAAACUCAAAAAAGAAAACCAAUGUAUUGUAGUUACGGAAAUAAAAAAAAACAAAACCAACCCAACAGCAAAGGUACGUAGAGCAUAUUAUAUGGAUGGAAAAGCUAAAUGGUUUUGAGGGAAGUAAUGCAAAAAAAAAAGAACAAACAAACAACCAUACGGAUAACUUAAAUAUAAUCAGCAGCAAACAACCCGCCCACCCGCCCUUGGUGUCAGAGAAGUGGACGAUUUAGGUACAUGGAUAGUGAUUCAAAAAAUUUACACGAAAACAAAUCAAAAUACUUAUAAAGCUGCAGCCGCUGAUGGGCUCGAUUCCUAGGAACACUAUUCAACGUGGGAACACCCUUCUUCUAGAGGCAGAACAAAUAAAUGCAAUGAAAACGUGUGUAGUACCAAGCAUAAUGUGCAUCUUAAGUAACUCUGUUUCAGCUUACUUUUCUGUGGCACCGAUCGCCGGGAGGAUCUGUCGGUUUUUGGAAAGAAGGAAACGCAGUGUGUCCAUCCGGCAGUCCGACAAGAGGACAUAUAGCGUUUCAAAAUUAUAGGUUAGGCAUUGAGAUGAGUUUAACACAUGAUUCGUAACACAUUCAGCUGGAGGGACUGUACGUGGGCAAUGAUUUACAAAAACAAAGAAGACAACCGUUUAAAUGGUUCUUCCGCCCUAGCCUCCUGCAGCCAUACAAUUCGUCCAAGUCGAACACUUACAAGAAUUGGUAUCAUAACACCAGAACCCUAUUCGUCUUCUAGUGUGACCAGGUUGGAUACACUUGUGUAACCAUUGCGUCGCAUCUCCAAACUGAUCGUGAUCGCAUGUUUGGAGCACCGAGGAACCGUUUAAAAAGGGGGGAUUUCUAACGGCGGCUACAGCUACUAAAGAAACCAAGAUAUCCCAUACAAAAUGUAUUAUGCGAACAUACAAGUAAAGACUUACUAAACUAAAAACCAAUGUAUCUUAAGUAUCAUCAGUUCGUGGAACAGGAAGUAGACCAGAACAUCUAUUUUGAAUGAUAAGUAUUUUUCUACGGUAGUGAUCCAGUACUGGUGGCAUUCGAAAUUAUGUUUGCCAAAGUGGUUUUACUUCAUUUCCCACGUCUUUGCUAUUUUGAUAAGUAGUAUUUUUUACAAUACAAUUCACAUGCAUCAGAAAGUUCGUACGAGAUGGCCUGGUAGCUGUUCAGACAAAUUGCAUCCAAUUCUACUCGUAGUUACGUACUGACGGAUGAUACUAGGUGAAUAAACAACAAAUCGUUUAAAAACAGCAA